AUGGCGACAGCGACGAGGUUGGGUCGUGAUUUGUUGUUCUCUUCUUCGUCAUCCACAAGCAAAGCCCUUCGCGCGGCAACGCUAAAGGUUCGGUUCGCCGACAUCAUCGUCAAGUCCAAGCUUAAAAGCGCUGAUGGAAUGGCGAGGAUCGAGAGGGAAAAGCUCCUUCUUCGGGAGAAAGCUAGAAUCGCGGCUGAGACCAGAAGAGCCCUGAGGUUGAAACAACGUCGAGCGCUCGAGAAGAUGGAGCGGGAAGCCAAAGCGGAACACCACUUGGUAACGGAGGACGAGUUCGUCCAUCUUUGCGGUGGACCCCGUCUCGCAGGAAGUCGGUGGUUGGUUCGAGAUCUUGGUUUGGUUUUGAGAACCGAAGACGAUGAUGUCUAUGAUGAUGAAUCUCCCGAAAAGCCAAAGCCAGAAGCUUUCGAUGAUGUUGAGGAAGAGAGAUACAGUACAGAUGCCCUUACGACAAGACUUGACGUUAUCGAACAUGUAGCUUGUAAGUUACAAGAGUUAUCGAUGGUUCCUAGGAUCAAGUUCACGUUACUGCAAGAAACACCGUACGAACUGCAUCUGAAAUGCCUCAAGCACGAGUUUGGCAAUGCCUUUGGGCUAAGAUGA